AUGAAGUCAGCAUUCAAAUCGGAAUACCCUUUCGAGAAGAGAAAAGCGGAAUCUGAAAGGAUUAGUCAAAAAUUCGAGAACAGAAUCCCUGUAAUUUGUGAAAAGGCAGAAAAGUCGGAUAUACCUGAAAUUGACAAGCGCAAAUAUCUGGUUCCCGCAGACUUGACGGUAGGUCAGUUCGUAUAUGUUAUCAGGAAGCGUAUCAAGCUACCAGCUGAGAAAGCGAUCUUCAUUUUCGUGAACGAUACUCUCCCACCUACGGCGGCACUCAUGUCUGCAAUUUACCAGGAACACAAAGACAAGGACGGAUUUUUGUACGUCACAUAUUCUGGGGAGAAUACGUUUGGUGUACUUUGCGAUUGA